AUGCUAUCAGUGCGAGAUGUUCUUCUGCUUGUGCUCUGCACCCGACUGGCAGAUGCGUCGCCGCUGUUGGCGAGGUAUGCCAACACCACUUUGAGCCGAUCAGCAUACGCCUCGACCUCAUCGAGCACAACUAGCUACGCAUACAUACAACCCGCGCAUGCAGACAUUACCUCCACGUCGAAGACAUGCACGACUUCUACGGAGUCAGAACCGGACCUCCCACCAUCGGAGUCGCCUUCAGCAUACGGCUUGGGAGUUCUCACUGCCCCGGCUCCGACUACGCCGCCAGCACCAACGUUUACAUUUGUCGGACAGGGAUCGACAUCAGAAGCAGCGCCGCAUUAUACUUAUGCACCGGAACAAUCAAGCAGUAGCAUAGGAGUCGCGUCAGCAAGCAGCUACAGCACACGACGGUACCGCAACGUGUCCACCAUCACUCGAUCCAGCAGCACUCUGAUCACGCUUUACACGACUGUGCAACCGAAAGGAUAUGGUGCUCUGCAGACCGGCUCGAGAGGCGAUGUCACUGUCACUUCAAUAACGACCAUCUAUCCAGAUGUAGCGUCCUCUUCUAGCUUAUCGCAGAAGCCUGAGCAGACGGCGUCCAGUUCCGAUGCUGGAGCACAUGGCAAUGAAGCUCCGGCACAUACGAGCUCAUCAAAACCCAAAGCAUCUGCUACCGGCUCGAAGGAGGCUCCCCAAUAUUCUAGCACAAGUGAAGACGAGGCAACGACGACCUCGAGCGAACAUAGUGCUACCUCGACCAAGAUAUCGACAACAUUGUUCGCAUAUGAGCCAGCAGACGAUGAGACUACAUCAACAACCGCUUACAGCACCGCGACCACGACAGAAAGCUCAGCCACGAGCACAUCACAGUCAAGUCAACCAUCCUACGCCUACCCACUGCCUAAUUCCUCAGGUAGCGAGGCGGUGGUCAUCAGCACAUCACCCUCGGAGCAGCCAUCAUACGCCUACCCUCUUCCAUAUUCCUCAAGCAGCGAGGCAAUCACCACCGCAGAGCCCUCUGCAACGGCGUACGGCCCAGCGACAGUUCAAACAAGCUGGCCCCCUGUCAUCGUCAGCUCAUAUGCCGACUUAGCAGCUCCAAGCUCGACAAUGGCUCAGUCGUCGACGUCAACAAUACUCGGGGGCAUCACGAUCGUGCCCGUCAAUCCAUAUUCAACUGCCGGUGCCGACGAGGACAAGGUGACCGUGACCGUGACCGUGACCGUGACCGUGACCGUCACCGAUGCUGGCGUGACCGAAACGGUGACGGUUGCGAAGGAGACUGUUACUGUGAAGGCGUAUUGA